AUGGUCGAUGAUGCGGCUUUGGCCGCCGCCGCCGAGAUUGUGGCCUCCAUUGCCCCGGACUCGCGCUCGCCUGGCUCGAUCCCCGUGGGCGUAGCCUCCACCGUCAAACUCCCCGGCCGUGAGACGCCCGCGAAGCGAAACCUCGAGAUUGAACUCCAAAAACUUGCCCUGCGGGUUGGCAAGCUCGAGGGGCAGGCUUCCAACACCACCACCAACUUGCCCGAGACCCCCAGCGAGACGAUAGACUCGCUGUUUGGUGAUGAUGGUCUCUCCUUGCCAUCCCGCCCCAAACCUAAACUCUUCCACGCCCAAGGUAGCUUGCACUCUCCGCAUCUGCCGUCUAUCCAGCUGACAAAGGAAGCCCUCGAAGGCCUUCGUGAUCAUGUCGAUGACCAGUCGAAGCUGCUCGACUCCCAGCGCGAAGAGCUGGCCGGCGUUAAUGCCCAACUUAUUGAGCAGAAGCAGCUGCAGGAGCGUGCCCUCGAGGUCAUGGAGCAAGAACGCAUUGCGACCCUAGAACGUGAGCUCUGGAAGCAUCAGAAGGCCAACGAGGCUUUCCAAAAGGCCCUCCGAGAAAUCGGUGAGAUUGUUACGGCUGUCGCUCGCGGUGAUUUGACCAUGAAGGUCCGAAUGAAUACCGUCGAAAUGGACCCCGAAAUCACAACCUUCAAGCGAACCAUCAACGCCAUGAUGGAUCAGCUGCAAACGUUCGCCAGCGAAGUCUCUCGCGUGGCCCGUGAGGUCGGUACUGAAGGCUUGCUGGGUGGCCAGGCUCGUAUUGGUGGUGUCGACGGAACAUGGAAGGAAUUGACAGACAAUGUGAACGUAAUGGCGCAGAACCUGACUGAUCAAGUGCGAGAAAUUGCGUCGGUAACAACCGCUGUCGCCCACGGAGAUUUGACCAAGAAGAUUGAAAGACCCGCCCGAGGCGAAAUCCUGCAACUGCAACAGACCAUCAACACUAUGGUUGACCAAUUACGGACUUUCGCUUCAGAGGUUACGCGUGUGGCAAGAGAUGUCGGAACUGAAGGGAUCUUGGGUGGACAGGCCGAUGUUGGGGGAGUUCAGGGCAUGUGGAAUGACUUGACCGUCAAUGUGAACGCCAUGGCCAACAACUUGACGACCCAAGUGCGCGACAUUAUUAAGGUUACGACAGCUGUCGCUAAGGGAGACUUGACCCAAAAGGUCCAGGCCGACUGCAGAGGAGAGAUCUUUGAGCUCAAAUCUACCAUCAACUCCAUGGUUGACCAACUGCAGCAGUUUGCCCGCGAAGUCACCAAGAUUGCAAGAGAGGUCGGAACUGAAGGCCGCCUGGGCGGACAAGCCACUGUACACGAUGUCGAAGGCACCUGGAGAGACCUAACCGAGAAUGUCAACGGCAUGGCCAUGAACCUGACAACCCAAGUGCGAGAAAUCGCAAAGGUCACAACGGCUGUGGCCAAGGGCGAUCUGACAAAGAAGAUUGGGGUUGAAGUCCAAGGAGAGAUUUUGGAGCUCAAGAACACCAUCAACCAGAUGGUGGACCGACUGGGUACCUUUGCCGUGGAAGUGAGCAAGGUUGCUCGCGAAGUCGGCACGGAUGGAACUCUUGGUGGACAGGCCCAAGUUGCCAACGUCGAGGGCAAAUGGAAAGAUUUGACCGAAAACGUCAACACCAUGGCCUCGAACCUCACAGUCCAGGUUAGGAGUAUCUCUGCCGUAACACAAGCCAUUGCCAAUGGCGACAUGAGUCAGAAGAUUGACGUCGAGGCGAAUGGAGAGAUCCAAGUCCUCAAGGAAACCAUCAACAACAUGGUUGAUCGUCUGUCUAGCUUCUGUUACGAAGUGCAGCGAGUUGCCAAGGACGUGGGUGUCGACGGCAAGAUGGGGGCCCAGGCCGACGUGGCUGGGCUUGAUGGACGGUGGAAGGAGAUCACGACUGAUGUCAAUACCAUGGCUAGCAACUUGACAACCCAAGUGCGUGCCUUCUCAGAUAUUACGAACUUGGCAACCGACGGCGACUUCACCAAGCUGGUCGACGUUGAAGCCUCCGGCGAAAUGGACGAACUGAAACGCAAGAUCAACCAAAUGAUAUCCAAUCUCAGAGACUCGAUCCAAAGGAAUACUCAGGCCAGAGAGGCUGCCGAGUUGGCCAAUAAGACCAAAUCAGAAUUUCUCGCCAACAUGUCUCAUGAAAUCCGUACGCCCAUGAACGGUAUCAUUGGCAUGACCCAACUCACCCUUGACACCGAUCUGACUCAAUAUCAACGAGAGAUGCUGAAUAUUGUCAAUAAUCUUGCCAACAGCCUCCUGACGAUCAUUGACGACAUCCUGGAUCUGUCCAAGAUUGAGGCCAGGAGAAUGGUGAUUGAAGAGAUCCCGUAUACAUUACGAGGAACCGUCUUCAACGCUCUCAAAACUCUAGCUGUCAAGGCGAACGAGAAGUUCUUGGAUCUCACAUACAAGGUGGACAGCUCUGUACCAGAUUAUGUCAUUGGAGAUUCCUUCCGUCUCAGGCAAAUCAUCCUUAAUCUUGUCGGCAACGCUAUCAAGUUUACUGAGCACGGCGAAGUUAGUCUGACCAUUAAAGAGCGCCCAGACCAGAGCGACGUUGGCCCCGGUGAAUAUGCCGUGGAGUUUAUCGUCGAAGAUACGGGUAUUGGCAUCGCAAAAGACAAGCUGGACCUGAUUUUCGACACCUUCCAGCAGGCCGAUGGCUCCAUGACUCGCAAGUUUGGUGGAACUGGUCUCGGUCUAUCCAUUUCGAAGCGACUUGUUAACCUGAUGGGUGGUGACUUAUGGGUCAACAGCGAGCAAGGAAAGGGCAGCGAAUUCCAUUUCACCUGCCGGGUCAGGCUGGCUCACGACGAUACUGAGAUGAUCGAACAGCAAAUUCGACCGUACCGAGGUCACCAAGUCCUCUUCGUGGACAAGGCCCAGUCGAGCUCUGGAACUGCCAUCCGAGGCAUGCUUGAGAAGAUUGGCCUACACCCCGUGGUGGUUGACUCGGAGAAGAGCACAGCCCUCACGCGCUUGCAGACGGGUGGCGCCCUUCCUUAUGAUGCCAUUAUUGUGGACUCAAUCGACACUGCUAGGAGACUGAGAGCUGUCGACGACUUCAAGUACCUCCCCAUCGUUCUGUUGGCGCCUGUCGUUCAUGUGAGCUUGAAGUCGUGCUUGGAUCUGGGCAUCACGUCAUACAUGACUACGCCAUGCAAACUCAUUGAUCUGGGCAACGGAAUGAUUCCUGCACUCGAGAACAGGGCCACGCCAUCCCUUGCAGACAACACUAAGUCAUUCGAAAUCCUUCUCGCCGAGGAUAACACUGUCAACCAGAGACUAGCAGUUAAAAUUCUGGAGAAGUAUCAUCACGUCGUCACCGUAGUCGGUAAUGGUUGGGAGGCCGUAGAGGCUAUCAAGGAGAAGAAGUUUGACGUCAUCCUGAUGGAUGUUCAGAUGCCGAUUAUGGGCGGAUUCGAAGCGACGGGUAAGAUCCGAGAAUACGAGCGGGGCAUGGGAACUCAUAGGACCCCGAUCAUCGCUCUGACGGCCCAUGCAAUGAUGGGUGACCGUGAGAAGUGCAUCCAAGCGCAGAUGGAUGAAUAUCUUUCGAAGCCUCUCCAGCAGAACCAUUUGAUCCAGACGAUUCUUAAGUGCGCCACCCUCGGGGGCCCCCUGCUCGAGAAGAACCGCGAACGCGAGCUCGCGAUGCACGCCGAAGCAAAGUCGGGAUCUAAACACAAGAGUACCGAACAGGGCAUGCUGCGACCGACUCUCGAAAGCCGAUCUUUUACUACCCGGGAGCCCAUUUCUAGCAAUGGAAAGGAGGUACCUGCUCUUGUGUCACCUGAGCAAGAAGAAGCAUUGGCAAGAGCACGUCUCGAUUUCUCCGAUAUGAGAAGCAUUUCGAACUAA